AUGCUGUCCACCGGGCGCAUCUCGAUGACCGCCGGCCAGCGGCGCGUGGCCCCCGCCGCCCCGCGGCCUUUUGCAGCAGCUCGCGCCGUCGCGCCCGCGUCAUCCAGGCGGCGGCGCCCGCUGCGCGUCGCGGCGGAGUUCAAGGAGGCAGAGCCCACUGCGGCGCCAGCGCAAGAGACGCUGCCCACCCUGAAGGACGCCAAGCCGGCCAAGGCCCACGCGGAGGCGCCGCCCAAGGAGAAGGUGCGCGACGCCCUGGCUGGCGACGAGCUGGCGUCCCUGCAGCGGCUGCUGGACCGCUCCAAGGCGGCGCAGGCGGCCUACUCCACCUUCACCCAGGAGCAAGUCGACGCCAUCUUCAAGGCGGCCGCCAUGGCGGCCAACGGGGCGCGCAUCCCCCUGGCCAAGAUGGCGGUGGAGGAGACCCGCAUGGGCGUGGUGGAGGACAAGGUCAUAAAGAACCACUUUGCAUCUGAGUAUAUCUAUAACAGGUACAAGGACGACAAGACCUGCGGCAUCAUCCAGAGGGACGAGGCCGGCGGCAUGACCAAAAUUGCAGAGCCAGUCGGCGUCGUGGCAGGCAUCGUCCCGACCACCAACCCGACCUCCACCACCAUCUUCAAGGCGCUGCUCUGCCUCAAGACCCGCAACUCCCUCGUGCUCUGCCCGCACCCGCGCGCCCGCAAGGCCACCAUCGCGGCCGCCAGGAUCGUGGCGGAGGCGGCGGAGGCGGCGGGGGCGCCCGCGGGCGUGGUGCAGUGGGUGGAGAACCCCUCCAUGGUCAUGUCACAGGCCCUCAUGAGGGCCCCCGAGGUGUCCCUCAUCCUGGCCACCGGCGGCCCCGCCAUGGUGCGCUCCGCCUACUCCUCAGGCCACCCCUCCGUCGGCGUCGGCGCCGGCAACACCCCCGCGGUGAUCGAUGAGACCGCCAAUGUCAACCUGGCAGUGUCCUCCAUACUGCUGUCAAAGACCUUUGACAACGGCGUGAUCUGCUCCACGGAGCAGAGCGUGGUGGUGGUGGACAGCAUGUAUGACGACAUCAAGGCCGAGUUUAUCCGCCGCGGUGCCUACUUCCUGAAUGCGGAGGAGAAGAACAGGGUGCGGGCCAAGAUGUUUGUUGACGGCCGCCUCAACGCCGACAUGGUGGGCCAGAGCGCCUACGGCCUGGGCAGGCUGUUUGGCGUCAACGUGGACAAGAAGUACAAGGUGCUGAUAGGGGAGAUCCAGGACGUCGGGGAUGAGGAGCCCCUCUCACACGAGAAGCUGAGCCCCCUCCUGGCCAUGUACCGCGCCAAGGACUUCAAAGACGCAGUGGACAUUGCGGACAAGCUGGUAAUGUUUGCGGGUGCGGGCCACACCAGCGUCCUCUACACCAAUCAGCUCAACCGCGCUCACAUGGAGUACUAUGGCAGCCGCAUGAAGACUGUGCGCAUCCUAGUCAACACCCCCGCAUCACUGGGCGCCAUUGGUGACGUGUACAACUUCCACCUGGACCCCUCACUCACCCUGGGCUGCGGCUCCUGGGGAUCAACCUCGGUGUCCAUGAACGUGGGCCCCAGCCAGCUGCUCAACAUCAAGAGCCUCACAGAGCGCCGCGAGAACAUGCUCUGGAUCCAGCUGCCACCCAAGGUGUACUUCAAGCCGGGCUGCCUGGAGGUUGCCCUGCGUGACCUGAGGGGCAAGCAGCGCGCCUUCAUCGUCACGGACAAGUACCUGUACGACAGCGGCCUCUCCAAGAAGGUGACCACCAUACUGGACGACAUCCAGAUACAGCACAGGGUGCGGGCGAGGGCGGGGCCAGCGCGCACUGCGCUGUCCAAGGCAUGCCUGCGCGGGGUUUUGGAGGGCGUGGAUUGCAGUGCGUCGUAA